AUGGCGUGGUGGGCGGGCAGCAUGGGAGGAUUGGACAUCCGCAACCACCUGGCGCAGUUCGGGGGGCACGCCGGCGGCGGGGCGGGCGAGCAGGCGCCGACGACGCCGAACAGCAGCGCGAGCAACAACCAUGACGACUCCUCAGGCGCCGCGCAGGACUCGCCGACGGCUGGCGGCGGUGUGGGGGAGAACUCCCCCACCACUAACGCUUCUGCAUCGGGGGCGUCUGGCGGGAGCGGAGGCGGCGGAUCUUCGUCGGGGAGGCGACCCCGGGGGAGGCCGCCGGGAUCCAAGAACAAGCCCAAGCCUCCGAUCAUCAUCACGCGGGAGAGCCCCAACGCGCUGCGCUCGCACGUGCUGGAGAUCGCCGGCGGCGCGGACAUAAUGGAGGCGGUGACCACGUUCGCCCGGCGGCGGCAGCGCGGGGUGUCUGUGCUCUCCGGAAGCGGUGUUGUCGCCAACGUCACGCUGCGCCAGCCGGCCGCGCCGCCCGGGGCCGUCGCCACGCUUCACGGCCGCUUCGAGAUCUUGUCCCUGUCCGGCGCCUUCCUCCCGUCCCCGUGCCCGCCCGGCGCCACAGGGCUCGCGGUCUACCUUGCCGGCGGGCAGGGUCAGGUUGUCGGUGGAACGGUCGUUGGGGAGCUCCUCGCUUCCGGCCCCGUCAUGGUCAUCGCGGCCACCUUCUCUAAUGCCACCUACGAGCGCCUACCUCUUGCAGAGGACGAGUCGGGCGAGGGGGCGGCUGUGGCAGCCGCCGGCGCUGCCGGGUCGAAAGGGAUGCAACUCCCUGCGGAAUCGCCGCCCGGAGGAAAUGGGGGGCCGGGAGCGGCGGCCGGCGGUGCUCCGGGAUUGCCGGACCCGACGUCGAUGCCAUUCUACAACCUGCCGCCGAACCUGAUGCCCAACGGAGGCGGCCAGAUGGCGGUGCACGACGUGUUCGGCUCGUUCCGGCCGCCACCGCCGGCCUUCUAGCUAGGUCUAUCUGCUCCCCUCUUUUCUUGAUCCUUGCUUUGCUUGUUUCCAUCCUUGCAUCUACUCCAAAGUGUGAUAUCUGUUUUGAGUUAGCUUGCGUUUAAUUAAUAAGACAGAUUUCAUUGCAUUGCUAAUCAAUGCGCUUGAU